CCCUAUUUCAGCCUAUAAAAGUGAAGUCAAAACUCCAGAUCCACACAGCUUUCUUGUGCAAGCAGUGGCAGUGAGAGCUCAACAACCAAAAUAAUGAAAUUAACAGAGGCUUAGGAACAAUACAUCAAGAGCAAAUGGGACCAGAUGGAUAAGAAAGCAAUAACUGCCCAAGCCUUGGCAAGGGUAUACACAGUCUAUCCCUGGACUACCAGGCUGUUUACAAGUUUCCAAAACCAUAAUGACGCCCUUGACCCUGGUGUUCAGGCUCACGCAGAGAAGGUGCAAUCAGCUCUGUCCGAAGCAGUUGCGGAUUUGAAGAACGUUGAAACUACUUUCAGCAAACUCAGCAGUGAUCAUCAAAAAUUCGGAGUGGACACUCAAAAUUUCAAGCUUCUCGGCCAGGCCUUCAUUGUUGAACUCGCUCUUCGUGAUAAAAUGGCAUUUGGACCAAAGGAACAUGCGGCUGCCUACAAGUUUUUCAGACUGGUGGCAGAAGCUCUCGCCAGCAACUACCAUUAAAUCUAUAACCUGCACCACCUUGAGAAAUGCAAUGAAAAGCUGUAUUAUCAGCGUCUAUAAUGUGUUGUUUUCUUAAAGGACUUGUGUAACAUCAAGUUCAAGUCAUGCUAACAUAAAGAUGGUACAAUAUUCCUCUUUACAUGGUCAUUUUCCUUCAAUGUUUGGAAAAUGUCUAUAUGAAUUUCCUUUGCUUCAAUAAAGAAACAAUAUUUCUCUCACAA